GCUACUAAUCACCUUCCAGUUGCUACCUCGGACUUGGUCCACAUUCAAAUCUGAAACGACCGAUCUACAUAGGACCGGCACUUUUUUCUUACGAGAUAGCAACAUGAUACUCCCGAAGAUCCAACAAUUAUUCGCCUCUGCUCACCACCGCAAUCCUAGAAGCCUCUUUGGCAAUAAAUAUAUCGCGGUCUUGCAGCCCGGUGCUCCCGGUUGCAUUGAUCCACGCCUAAACUCAUAAACGUACAUAAUCGACUAACCUGGCCUUCAAGGCAGUUCGAGAAGGAACGCCACCCUUACAUACCCUCGUUCGCGCCUAGCUUUCGAGGCCAUAAGACAUUGCAGAAGGCCAUGAAUCGUCUGAUUUUCGCGCCAGAAUGAUUCGCCUCUUCUACGACACUUUCUGUCUCUUCGACUUCUUCGUCUUCUCUCUCAUCUUCCUACGGGGCACUACUCAAGCGCAUCAGAUCUACACCAGCGUAGCGGACUUGCCAGGUCUGUCGUACGAUUUCGUCGUCGUCGGCGGAGGUACCGCCGGGCUUGUCAUCGCCAACCGUCUGACUGAGCAGCCGGGCGUGUCGGUGCUGGUUCUGGAAGCUGGGGUCUCUCAUCGGGGUGUGCUAGCAGCCCAGGUGCCAUAUCUUGUCGGUGAUCUGCUCGGAACGGGUCCUUACAGUUGGAACUAUACAACAACUCCUCAAAGGGGAUUGCAGAACAGGACUCUUGAAUACUUCAGGGCCCACUUGGUCGGAGGUUGCAGCUCGCACAAUGGAAUGUUUUGGACGCGUGGUUCGCGGGACGACUGGGAUCGGUAUGCCAGCGUUACGGGUGACGGAGGAUGGUCGUGGAACGCGAUGUUUCCUUAUUUUCUCAAGAGCGAACGCUGGACUGCCCCGGCCGACAACCAUUCAACGAUCGGCGAGUUUAAUCCCUACGUGCAUGAUAUCAGGACCCAUGCAACUGGUCUGGAACAAGGAACCGGCGUGAAAAUCAGUCUGAACGGUUACCAAUGGCCCGUCUACUCCGACAUGAUAGUCAAAGUUGCCCGAUCUCUCAACGAUUUCCCAUUCAAUCUGGACAUGAACUCGGGAGUCCCGCUUGGAUUUGGUUACCUGCAGUCAAGUGUUGGUGGCGGGGAACGAAGCAGCUCGGCCACGGGGUACCUGGACUCACUAAGGAGGAAGAAUCUACAUGUGCUCAUCGGCGCACGUGCCACCGUCCUCUCGCAGCCUUAUCGAACGAACGGAAAACCUGGCUUUCGGGGCGUGGACUUCACGCUCGCCAACGAAAGAUAUACCGCCUCUGCAAAGAAGGAAAUCAUUCUUUCGGCGGGGUCCAUCGGAACGCCUUCGAUUCUGCUUUACUCUGGCAUUGGUCCCGCUUCUGAGCUAUCGUCUCUUGGGAUCUCGGUACUUGUCAACAACCCUAGUGUGGGGAAGAAUAUCACAGAUCAGCCCUACAUGCCUGUUUCUUUCCAUGCCAAUUUCAACUUCACGCUUGACGAUCUGGCGUCGAACCAGACCGCAUGGCAACUUGGAUUGAAGGAGUGGAAUCAGACCAGAAGGGGCCCGUUCGUUGCUUUUGGGCCGACGCACAUCGCGUGGCUGAGAUUCGACCCAGGCUCCCCUGCGCUCAAGACCAAGGAUACCACUGCCGGCCCAGAUUCCCCGCAUAUCGAGCUCUUCUUUUCCCCGGGGCAAGCUGACUUCGGGGCCAAGCCGGGGCACUUUAUCACGGCUGGAGUGGUGGCGGUGUCUCCUGCGAGUCGCGGACAGAUUAGCCUCUCCUCGUCGAAUCCGCUGUCAGACCCCGUGGUUGACCUGGGACUGCUCUCUGAUCCACACGACGUGCAGAUAUUGGGUGCUGCCGUCAAUAAGGCAUACGAGUUCUUUGCGGCACCUGCCUGGGCCGACAUAAUAGGCGAACCGACAGAGGACCUCCUCGUGCUGACCACGUCCGAGUUAGAAACGCACAUCCGCAAAAAGACCACCCCGUCCUUCCAUCUCGUCGGCGGCGCUGCGAUGGGUUCAGUUGUCGCAUCUAAUCUGCUUCUGAAAGAUGUGUUCGGGCCGUUUAUCCCGAGUGCACAUACCCAAGCAGCAGUCUUUGCCAUUGCCGAAAGGGCAGCCGACCUGAUAAAAGGGGCGUGUUUCCCCUGAUGGCAUUGUGUAGAAAGUACGAGCUAGCAUUUGAACAUGUAUCCCUUGCAUCUUGCC